AUGCCGUUUCCGUCUACACCACCCGCACCAGAUGGUUUUGAAGGUCAGCCAGAUCUAACUACACCGCCACCGGUGGUACCGGAUAUCCCAGUUGAUCCUCAACAACCAAUGCCGUUUCCGUCUACACCAACCGUCCCAGAUGGUUUUGAAGGUCAGCCACUGCAGCCUCUGCCACCGGAUAUCCCAGUUGAUCCUCAACAACCAGAGCCGUUACCGUCUACACCAACCGCACCAGAUGGUUUUGAAGGUGAGCCAGUGCAGCCUCUGCCACCGGAUAUCCCAGUUGUUCCUCAACAACCAGAGCCGUUACCGUCUAUACCAACAGCACCAGAUGGUUUUGAAGGUGAGCCAGUGCAACCUCUGCCACCGAUCGAUCCUUUCUCUCCUCCAUCUUAG